GUCAACUUCAAAAAGGAACCUGCACCGUAACACACAGGUCUGUAGCAGAGACCAAAGCUUCACACAACUUCUGCCUGUUGACAGAGAUGGGACACACAAUGGCUCUAUUGGUUUUAAUCUUCAUUUUUCUGCUCCAGUCUGAAGCAGGCAUCAGUGAGAAAUAUUUCUACAACAGACCUGGAGAUGAUGUCAUCCUGCCAUGUGACAGUGUGUCAUCAUCUGAUACAUGUUCCAGUGUUUACUGGUUAUUCAACAGACAGCAGUCUCACAGUAUACUUGAGGUUGAGAGAGGAAAUGUUGUGAUGAACUCAGCUCAAGCUGCGAGAGUGAGACUUGACAGUAACUGCUCUCUGCUCAUCAGCAACAUCACUGCUGAGGAUGCUGGUGUUUACAACUGUCGGCAGGGGAAGACCAGCCACGUCGAGUCAUCAGUGUUUCUAAAUAUUCUGACAAUCUCUCCAUCUCCACCAGACGCUGAUCAGCAGAGAGACGAUGACGUGACAUUACGCUGCUCUCUGUUGAAAUACAGAGAUCUCUCUCUCUGUGAAAAGAACAGAAUCCGCUGGGUGGAUGAGACAGAAGCUGAGCUGCCUGGUAUCCAGAAUGACUCUGUCCACCACACGGUCUGUGUCUCUGUUCUGAAAGUGAAGCGUCACAGUGGAGACAACAAGAAAUACACCUGCCAGUUUGUUGAUGAGAGAAACAGUGUGAUGAUACAGACUGACUUCACACCUUUCAUCACAGAUGCGCUCUACAUCAUCAACGCUGCAGUGGUUGAGGUGGUGGUGCUGGUGGUGCUGGUGGUUCUGGUCGUCGUCACUGUUGUUCUUAUCAAAUGCAGGAAAAGAACCAAAGUGACAGAGGGUGGUCGAAAACCAAUCCACCACAGUGACGAGCCAGAGGUUAAUCUGACCUACAUCACUGUCAGCCAUGAUAAUCAAAGAGCCUCCCCCGAGAGAAGGGUCAAACAGGAGGAGAAUGUGACGUAUUCUACCAUCAAGACUCUGUGAUGAAGACAGACAUAUGAUCCCAUCCCAGCAGCUUCAAUAGC